UGCCAUCUCGCGGCUGUCUGAGUGCGCAUCAGAGCAGUGACACAGCAGCAGGAGGGGGCAGCACAGCGGAUCCUUCAUGAGGGAAGAGGCCAGGGACAGCCAGGCAGCCCCGGCUUCUCCUCUCCAUACUCACAGGAUUCUUUCCUUUUGCAAGUCAGGCCCGAGCUCGGGGCCGCCUGUGGCUUCGUAGGAUGUCCCGUCAUGAAGGCGUGAGCUGUGACGCGUGUUUAAAAGGCAACUUCCGAGGGCGACGCUACAAAUGUUUGAUCUGCUACGACUACGACCUGUGCGCAUCGUGCUACGAGAGCGGCGCCACUACCACCAGACACACCACGGAGCAUCCCAUGCAGUGUAUACUAACCCGUGUCGACUUUGACCUGUAUUACGGCGGAGAAGCCUUCUCGGUGGAGCAGCCACAGGCCUUCACCUGUCCCUACUGUGGCAGGAUGGGCUAUACGGAGAUGUCCCUGCAGGAGCACGUGGCUGCAGAGCACACUGAGACCUCCACCGAAGUGAUCUGUCCCAUAUGUGCAGCGCUCCCAGGCGGUGACCCGAAUCACGUGACUGACGAUUUUGCUGCUCAUCUAACACUUGAACACAGAGCACCCAGAGACUUGGACGAGUCGAGCGGUGUGCGACACGUGCGGCGGAUGUUCCACCCCGGGCGUGGACUGGGAGGUCCUCGGGCUCGGCGGUCCAACAUGCACUUCACCAGCAACACCACAGGGGGGCUCUCGAGCAAUCAGACCUCUUCUCAGAGCUCUAACUACAGCAGGGAGGCCAUGGACCCCAUUGCAGAGCUCCUAUCCCAGCUUUCGGGCGUACGCCGCUCGGCGGGGGGCCAGCUUAGCUCAGGCCCCUCGGCCUCGCAGCUGCAGCAACUCCAGAUGCAACUCCAGCUCGAGCGCCAGCAGGCUCAGGCGGCGCGGCAGCAGCUGGAGACGGCGCGAAACGCCACGCGGGGGGGCGGCCCCGUCAACGCCAUCCUCAACGCCAACUCGGCCGGGACCAACCCCAACCCCAACCUGAGCGCCAACCACAACAGCAACACCAGUCCCAGCCCAGGCCCCUCAGAGGGCCACUCGCAGCACACGGCGCACAGCUCACAGUUUCUACUCAGCAGGUUGAGUGAACCGCGGCUGUCUGAGGCGGAGCGCCAGCUGUGCGAGGCCCAGUGGGCCGACAGGAGCCUAUUUGUGACGGAGCUGCUGCUGUCCACGCUGCUGCCCAACGACGACGACUCCUCCGAGGACGAGGACAACUGUCCCGGCUCGUUGCGGAACUUCGCCGACUUCCAGUCCAUGGGGUGUGUGGAGGUCAUGACGCUGGACGUGGCCCUGGAGAACCUCAACCUCAAAGAGACGGCGCCGCCUGCUAAGACGGCCAAAACGGCUACGAAAACAACACCGGCCAAAAAAGAGCCGCCCGCCCCACCCCUUUGAUGACACGGUCCCGCCCUUUCCCGUAAGCACCGACGUAACCAAGACUGCGGUUCUUUUUUGGCUUUUUGGUUUUAUUAGUGUUUUUAUUCCUCAGUGAUUUCGUCAUUUCAGCUUCUGUGGCGCCGCCCCUCCAUGUUGUGUACGUCGAAUAAAAGUAGCGAGACCAGCGAAUGGGAAAGAGAAUUCUAUAAAUAUAUUAUUAAAACAAAUCUAUAUGAAAGUUGAUAAUCAGGAAGUCCAGUGUGGCCCCCUGCUGGCUGCACACUGAACUUGUAUUAAUAUUCACCCCAGCUAACAAGCAUGAGCUUCAAACAUCACAGUGACCAAAAGGGAGCGCUAUUCUACUCAUCCCACACGAUCGUCUGCUGCAGGCCCUCCCUUUCCUGUCGUGGGUCACAUGAUCCUGCUGUCUAAGACUGACACUGACAUGGCAUAUCCGGUGUCCCACCUGUGCACACUAACACGUGACAAACGACCAUUGACUGAACUUGGGAAGACGUUGGUCGUCACCGUCACAACCAUCCUGUCAUCAAUUGACUUUGAGGAGGGAAUCCUGUGCGCUCUUUUCGGUAACUUUCAGCCUCCACUGAUAAUACGUAAAGAAUACAAUGUAUGCCACGUGCAGGUGAAAUAAACCUUUGAGUUUGGAGGACAAUA